AUGGCAGAUGAACCCCAAGAUGCAUCCUUCGCAUCAUUUUGGCACCGAUCUGUUGAUAAGAUCUCGUCCCAGAAGGUCAAAUUUAUGCCAAAUAUCACGAGACUUAAGACUUCCAAGGACGAGAAUAGCGAAAUAAAAGCUGGCACAGCUCAAAAACAACAUAGACGAGCUCAAGUCAGACGAGCUCAAAUAGAACAUCGACAGCGAAAACAGAACUAUGUCAAACAUCUUGAGGAAGAUGUGAUACGUCUUCGGGGGAUGAUUGCUACAACAGAAGACGAAAGUUUGGCUUUGAUGAAAGAAAAUAGAGCAAUAGAAUCGACGCUAUCAGCUUCAGGUAUCAAGGAUGUGUCUAGUCUAAAAUCGCGAAUUAGAAAACUACCUGGCGACCAACCGAUCAAUUUGCUUCCUCCACAAGAAUAUGAACCACUCCGCGGUCUUGCCACCUCCGAUGCAACCCAAGAGAUAAGACCUACCAUUAGAACUGUCGACUACGAGUCAGAAAAUGAUAGACUUUCCAGCUACAUCAAUGAUAUGCUCACUCAGGACAAUGAUCCACUCAAUAAUUAUUUCUCCGAUAAUCAUAAUGUACCACAUUCAAGUACUUCAUCUGGUUCUCAUAUCAAUAUUCAAUUCGAUGAGUUUCUAAAUGCAUCCUGCCUUCAUCUUAGCGAGUCAUCCGACAGUUCCACUAAAGGAUAUGGGGCAAUUGAUCUUUCCAAACCUCUGCCGCCACUUCCCGGUCAAGCGUCGGUACCUUCAAAUGCAGUACAGAAAUCAUCACCUGACAUAUCGGUUAUGGCGAUAAAUUUUAUUCUUGCUCUCGAACACCCUUGUCGCACCCAUUUUCACCAUAUACCAGAUACUGCCCUCCCUUUUGAUCCCGCCGGGGAUCCAUCCGGUCACGAGCUCAUGGCCUCAACACAUAUCUUCGCUCAAGCACCGCUUGAAGCAUUUAAUGAAUCAACUUCCGAAGUUUCGUGGUUUUCUUCUUCCGUUUCUUUGGCUCAGCUAUAUGCCAUGUCGCAGUCACUACCUGUUUCAGACUUUGAGAUUACUCCUGUUCAGGCAUGGUUUAUGAUAGCCGAGAAAUAUCAUAAUGAUAUUGAGAGAAUAGUCGGAACAAAAACUAUGAAUAAUUUGAAGAGAAGCCUGGGUAGUCUAUCUCGCUGUUACCAGUUUGGAGCUGUGAUGGAUGUUGACAGCUUUUGGGAGGUAGUGGAUGACGUUAUGAUACAAAAUGGGAGUUGAUAAUAAGACUAGGUAGGGUGUUAAUUCAGUGGUUGUAUUGGGUUCGAAUAACUGAUAAAAUACUUCCCCCAAACACACAUUUUCCAAUCUGCUGUGAGUACCUAUACAGCAAAAAAUUGUGAACGUGGAGAAAAGAGCUUGGCGUGGGAGUUGAGAUGACAGGUAUUCAUUGGCGGAGCCUGGAAGGGCUCGAGACCUCGAUUCUGCAUUGCAUGUCCAUUAAAUUAUGAUGCGGCAAUUUUUUGAUUUCUCAGGGUUUCGUCAGGGCAGGCCAAUUGCAAUCAGUUUGAGUAAUGAGAUAAAUCAGUUCAAAUUCGUCAUUUUCGUUUGAAAUUCCAAUUUUAGAA